AUGACUAUACCGGAGUGGAAAUCGGACCGCAUUGCUAUGGACUUCGUAGUUGGGUUGCCGCGGACCUUAUGGAAGUUCGUUGUAGUUUGGGUCAUUGUUGAUAGGUUGACCAAGUCAGCGCACUUCGUUCCAGUUGCAACUACUUAUACUUCAAACAGGUUGGCCAAGAUUUAUAUUCGGGAGAUAGUUCGGUUGCACGAUGUGCCUGUUUUCAUCAUAUCAGACAGAGGCCCUAGGUGCACUUCACAUUUCAUGAGAGCCGUACAGAGUGAGUUGGGGACCCGUGUACAGCUCAACAUUGUGUUUCAUCCACAGACUGCUGGGUGCGAGCUCGCAAGUGCGGGCCAAGCCUCGCAGAAGCGGCCAAAGGAUGGCAGCAGCAAAAGCGGGUACCCGUCCGCAGAAGCGAUCCCAGCCGGCCCAAUGAGUUACUCUGAAGCGGACCCUUGUCCGCAGAAGCGAGGGCGCAAGUUCGGCCCUAUGACCGCAGGUGCGGAAAUAGCUGGUGGCAGUGAACCUCAUUUAUUACGGAUGGCUCUGUAUGAGGCUUUGUAUGAGAGACGGUGUAGAUAUCUGGUGGGUUGGUUUGAGCUGAGUGAGGCUAGGCUAAUGGGUACGGACUUGUAUCAGUAUGCUUUGGACAAGGUUAAAUUGAUUCAGGGGCAUCUUCGCACGGCGCAAUCUAGACAGAAGAGAUAUGCCGAUAGAAAGGUCCGUGAUGUUUCUUACAUGGUUGGGGAGAAGUGCUGCCCAAGGUUUCACCCAUGA